GCGCUUCCGCGGCCGCAGGCGCGGUUGGCGCAGCACCCGCUUUCGGUAUGCGCCUCCGCCUGCUUUUCCUGCUCGCCCUGUGCCGAGCGGGCCCCACCGCCUUCGGGCGCAGCCUCAGCUUGCGGGGAAGCUGGAGGAUCCGCAGCGGGAACGGCUCCCUGGAGCUGCCGGGGAGGGUCCCCGGUUGCGUGCACAGCGCCUUGUUCCAGCGGGGCCUCAUCCAGGAUCUGUACUACAGAUUUAAUGACCUUGACUACAGAUGGAUCUCCUUGGAUAACUGGACUUACAGCAAGAAAUUUAAAAUCCCCUUUAACAUUAGCAAAUGGCAAAAAGUGAAUUUGAUUUUUGAGGGCGUCGACACAGUUGCAAAAGUCCUGCUAAAUAGUGUUCCUAUUGGGAAAACAAGCAACAUGUUCAAAAGAUAUAGCUUUGAUGUUACCAGUGUGGUUAGAGAUGUGAACUCCCUUGAGCUGCGUUUCCAGUCACCAGUGUUGUAUGCGGCCCAGCAGAGCAAAGCUCACUCUAACUACUCUGUGCCUCCAGACUGCCCUCCGCCUGUGCAGAAGGGCCAAUGCCAUGUAAACUUCAUUCGAAAGGAGCAGAGUUCCUUUGGUUGGGAUUGGGGGCCGUCCUUUCCUACCCAGGGCAUCUGGAAGGAUGUCAGAAUUGAAGCCUAUAACAUUUGUCGUCUGAAUUACUUUGUGUUUUCCCCCAUAUAUGAUAACCAUACCCAGGGGUGGAAUCUUGAAAUAGAGUCUUCUUUUGAUGUUGUCAGCUCAAAGCCAAUUUCUGGCCAAGUGAUGGUAGCCAUCCCUGAACUGCAAACACAGCAGUCAUACAGCAUUGAACUUCAACCUGGGGAAAGAAUUGUUGAGCUGUUUGUGAAAAUUAAUAAGAAUGUUACCAUAGAAACUUGGUGGCCUCAUGGACAUGGAAACCAGACGGGAUACAACAUGACAAUUCUUUUUAAACUGGACGGAGGCUUAAGUAUUGAAAAAUCAGCUAAGGUUUAUUUUAGGACAGUGGAACUUAUAGAAGAGCCCAUUGAAGGAUCUCAAGGUCUGAGUUUCUAUUUCAAAAUUAAUGGAUUGCCCAUAUUUCUGAAAGGCUCGAACUGGAUCCCAGCAGAUUCAUUCCAGGAUCGAGUAACCUCUGACUUGUUACGGCUCCUUCUGCAGUCUGUUGUGGAUGCUAACAUGAAUACUCUCCGGGUUUGGGGAGGAGGAAUUUAUGAGCAGGAUGAAUUCUAUAGACUCUGUGAUGAACUAGGAAUAAUGGUAUGGCAGGAUUUUAUGUUCGCCUGUGCCCUUUAUCCAACCAAUCAGGACUUCCUGAAUUCGGUGAGAGCAGAAGUUGCUUACCAGAUCAGGAGACUGAAAUAUCAUCCCUCCAUCAUCAUUUGGGGUGGAAAUAAUGAAAAUGAAGCAGCACUGAUGAUGAAUUGGUAUAAUAUCCCUGCCAGAGAACUGCAUACCUAUAUCAAGGACUAUGUGGUACUGUACGUGAAGAAUAUUCGAAAGAUUGUCUUGGCUGAAGACAAGACUCGUCCUUUUAUCAUAUCCAGCCCUACAAAUGGGGCCGAAUCUGUUAAAGAAGGCUGGCUCUCUGUUAACCCAUAUGACAAUAAUUUUGGUGAUGUCCAUUUUUAUGACUAUACCAGUGAUUGCUGGGAUUGGAAAGUUUUCCCAAAAGCUCGAUUUGUAUCUGAAUAUGGAUAUCAGUCCUGGCCUUCCUUCAGUACAUUAAAAAAGGUUUCAUCUAAAGAGGACUGGUCUUACAACAGCAAAUUUUCUCUUCACCGACAACAUCAUGCAGAUGGUAACAGUGAAAUGCUGCGUCAGGUCGAAUUUCACUUCACACUCCCGGAAAGCCCAGAUCCAUUACAGGCAUUCAAGGAUACCAUAUACCUUACUCAGGUGACGCAGGCCCAGUGUGUCAAAAUAGAGACUGAAUUCUACCGCCGCAGUCGCAGCGAGAUAGUGGAUGGGCAAGGCUACACCAUGGGUGCCCUUUACUGGCAGCUGAAUGACAUCUGGCAGGCUCCUUCCUGGGCUUCUCUGGAGUAUGGAGGAAAGUGGAAGAUGCUUCAUUACUUUGCUCGGCAUUUCUUCGCUCCACUGUUGCCCGUGGGUUUUGAGGAUCAAGACGUAUUUUUCAUCUAUGGCGUGUCAGACCUUCACUCUGACUGUAAGGCGAAGCUCACUGUGAAAGUCCACACGUGGAGUUCCCUGGAGCCGGUGUGCUCCUCUGAGACUGACCAUUUUGUCCUGAAAGCAGGGCAGGCCGUUCUCCUCUAUAAGGAGCCGGUGCCCGUAUUGUUGGAGAAUUGUGGGAAUUGUACCCGGCAAAGCUGUGUGGUUUCCUUUUACCUUUCAACUGACAGCCAACUUGGGAGCCCAACCAACUAUCACUUCCUGUCUUCACUGAGUGAGAGCGUGGGGCUGCGCAAGGCGUACAUCACUGCCAUCAUCUCUCAGCAAGGUGACACAUUCGCUUUUGAUCUGGAGACCUCCGCUGUUGCUCCUUUUGUUUGGUUAGAUGUAGGAAGCAUCCCCGGGAGAUUCAGUGACAACGGUUUCCUCAUGACUGAAGAGACACGGACUGUGUUAUUUUACCCUUGGAAACCCACCAGCAAGAGCGAACUGGAGCAGUCUCUUCGUGUGACUUCCCUGAUGGAUAUUUACUGAGGGGUUGCAGGUGGUAUUUUUAGCAGACCCUGGAAUAAAGCCUUUCUAAGGCACCGUCUGGAGCUGAAGACACCCAGAGACAAGUUGAAGAAGCUGGGAAGUGUGUCUGCCUGCCUCCACCUGUCUGAUUCAUGACUCUGAAGAGUUUGUCCAGUGUGUUAUGUCAGGGAAGGUUGUUUACUCAGGUGAUAUCCUCCAACAAGGCCGUGGUUCGGCGUUCUUCAGCCUGUGCCAGGCCUGUGAUUUUAGCCCUCCCCCCACAGCUCUGGCACCAUGUGACCCAGUUAUAACCCAACCACUCUUCCUACCUAGAAAAGGAAGUCCACUCAUAAAGUCCUGUCAGGGAAUCACAGGAACAUGAUGACUGCAGUAUCUGUGGAGCCAAAUUGGAAGGCUGUGAGGUUCGUGUAAGCCUCUCAGAGUUAGCCUUGAAAAAUAGUGAAUAAUCAAAAUGAAGCUGCUUUGUUAUUAUUCCCUGAGGAAAUGAAGGUUCGGCUGGUACAAAAGAGAUUUCUGGAUAGUAGCCAUAUUGGUUGUCGGAAAGUUUGGGGAAUUGAUUGUUGCCGUUUGAUUACUUUUUUGGAUAAGAUUCUCUUUUCAUUUGUGGGUUUUGUUACAAAGUAUCAUUUUGACUGGGGCACCUGGCUGGCUUAGUCUGUUAAGCAUCUGACUGUUGAUUUCAGCUCAGGUCAUGGUCUUAGGGUCGUGGGACUGAGCCCUAAGUCAGGCUCUCCACUGGGUGUAUAGCCUGCUUAGGUUCUCUCUCUCCCUCUCCCUCUGCCCUUCCCCACAUCUCUCUCUCUCUCUCAAAAAAAAAAUUUUUUUUUUGACAGUAACAGCUUUUUUCAAAGUCUAUUUAGAGUGAUCCUCCUUUGAAAAAUAAGCUCACAUUGAAAUGGACAUCUCUGUGGUCACUCUGAAGAUUCUUGAGUGUCCUAACAUAAGUUGUUACCCAUAAUUAUGUGUGGGUUGUAGAUGUGGCAAAAUCCAAUGUACUUCCCAAUUCGAAAGUCGUGAAUUAGAUUUAUAUUUGUUGACUCUGGCAGCAAAAUGUAUUUCUUUCAGCUUGGGUUUAAAUCCGUUUUACUGGACGACUAGGUGGUUCAGUCAGUUAGGUGUCUGCCUUUAGCUCAGGUCAUGAUCCCAGGGUCCUAGGAUCAAGUCC